CUUCAUUCAUAUAUAUCUCACUCAGCUUGGGAGAGUGUGUAUUGCGGCUAGCCGUUAGGGUUUCAAUAUUUUUCACUUCCUUUGAACCUUUACCGCUUUUCAUAUCAUAGCUAUGGUCUCUGCUUUGUUGAUAAAGGUGAAAUUUGGAAAUGCCCUGAGACGCAUCAAUGUUCAUGUGGAUGAAAAUUAUCAAAUUAAUAUUAACAUGGUUAGUUUAAUGGAUAAGAUUAGGUCUAUGUUCGAUUUUACUGCGGAUGAAAGUUUCAAUCUGACCUACGUUGCUGAAGAUGGCGAAGUGAAAAAUCUUGUGGAUGAUGAUGUUUUGCAUGAGGCGAUGAUACAGCCAGGAAAUUUUUUGAGAAUUUACGUGCAUGGAGAUGGAUUAUUUCCAAAUAAUUUCUCUCAAUGGAAAAAUACCGAUCAACCUUGGGGUAAAUACAUGUCACGUAUGUGUAAUUCUGCAGCUUCUGCUCGUAUUUCUGUUGUGGUUAUGGUGAAAUUUCAAAAUAAAUGGAGACGCGUCAAUGUUGAUUUGGAUGAGAAUAAUCAAAUUAUUCCUAACAUGGUUAAUUUAACGUCUAAGAUUAGGUCUAUUUUCAAAUUUACUGUGGAUAAAAAUUUCCAUCUGACCUAUUUUGAUGAAGAUGGUGAUAUGAUAAAUCUUGUGGAUGAUGAUGAUUUGCGUGACAUAAUGAGGCAGAAAUUAAAAUUCUUGAGAAUUGAUGUGCAUGAGAAUGGAUUAAAUCCAAUUCAGUUCUAUCAAUGGAUAAAUAGAAUCUAUAGAUGUUGUUGUAAAAUAGAUUGGAACGAAGAUACGUUUCUUAUUUCUACUGUUGUGACUAUGCUAAUGUUCUUCCUCUUUAUCAUGCCUAUUCUCAGUUGAGGGAGGGGAAGAUAUGGUUCCUUUGAAUUUGUAAGUUUUUUAGUUUGGAUAUUUAAUGGGAUGCUGUUGUGAUUUGUCAAAGCAAUAUGUUACUUUGUUUUAUAGUUCUGUUUUAUUUUAUGCUUUGUGUGAUAUAUGGUGCUGAUUUGAUCAAUGUUGAUUGAUCUUUAUUUGAAGUCUGUAUUGUUUAGCAAAGAUAUACUAAAAAGAAUAUAGUCUAGGGGUGGACAAGUGGUUGGACCGGUUCGGGUAUUGGCCUAAAACUCUAAACCGGCCUAACUUUCAUCUUCAUUGAUCCUACUUCUUUGUAGCAGUUUCUAGAGUUGUUGCAGUGAAUAUAUCAAGCCUACAACAGUAUAGAACAUAAAGAUAAGUUCAAUACAAUCCAUCUACUCAAGUUUCUCAAAGUCUUUUGUUUAACCACAUGCAUAACAAAAUCAAAUGGUUAAAUAUGACUCUAUUUAAAAAGAAAUUAAUACUGACCUUCGGAGAUUGCUUCUUAAAGUGCCAAAAAUUGAUUAAAUGUAAUGUUGUAAGAAACAUGUGCUGUAGUUGUUUUUGACAGAAGAGCAGCCUUACAGAAGGUGUGUACACACUCUUGUGCCAUCUCCACGAAUCCUUAGUGUCGACCCUCAAGGAAACUCUUUGAAUCUUCUCUAUUAUUUCAGCCAUUCGCAUUUCGUCUUCUCUUUCUAAGCUGCUGUCCCAAGUACAGUUCCAAAUUAAAUUCCCGUCCUCGGUUCUAAUCGCUUCCCUCACCGUAGAGUCAGCAGCGGAGUAAGAAUUAUAUCGGCCAGGAGUCGGUUGCAGUAUUGCUCUAAUAUGCAGUUGCUCUUCCAACAAAAGCUGGUAGCUGUUAUGCUGUCACAGGAGAUAUUAUUAUAAGCUCAUGUUAUAACAUGU